AUGCGUUUACGUGAUCUAUUUCGUAGUCAAUCAAAUACUGAACGAAAAUAUACUUCAUCUAUUUUACCAGUACUCGAUAUAAAUACAUUUAUAAAUGCUGUUCAAGAUAAUGAUAUUGAUACAUUACAUAAAUGUCUUAUUGCAGGUUUUCCACCAGAUCAACCAGAUCCAAUAACAAAAGCAACAGCAUUACAUAUUGCUGUUGAAACAGGUAAUAUACGUGCGAUACAUAUGUUAUUACAAGCUGGUGCACAAGUCAAUCUUUGUGAUUUAAGUUUAUCAACACCACUUCAUAUAGCUGCUUAUAUGGGAUAUGAAGAAGUGAGAUUAAUUUAA